UUUAAUUUUUUAAGUGACAAAAUAUUUAAUCUUCAGUCAUAGUUUUUAUUUAGUGGUUUGUUGUAAUAUAAAUUGAAUGAAAUUUAUAGUUUACUGGAAUUUAAUUAAAAAUAUUUAAAUAAUGAAAAAAAUGGUUUAUAUUAGUGUAGGAAUAUUUGGAUUGGGAUUUUUUAUUUUAGUAAUUGGAAUAUCAGUAGGAUUAAGUGCAACUCCAUUCAAGGGUAGUGACGUAUUAAAUUUCGCGCCAUUAAUUGACGGACACAAUGAUUUGCCAUGGAAUAUUUAUAGUAAUUUAGCUAAUAAUUUAAGCGCUUUAAAUUUCGAUACUGAUUUAAGAAAUGAUCCACUAAUGGGUAUUAAAUCAUGCAAUAGUUGUUAUACUGAUCUUCCUCGUUUAUCUGCUGGUAAAGUUGGUGGUCAAUUUUGGGUGGCUUACACGUCUUGUGAAUCGCAAUAUAAAGAUGCUGUUCAGUUAACAUUGAGACAAAUUGAUGUGAUUAAAAGAUUGAUUAAUAAGUAUCCGUCUAAAUUAGAAUUUGUUACGGAUUCUGGAGAUAUUGAGAGAGUGUGGAAAAAUGGUAAAAUAGCUUCGAUGAUUGGUAUUGAAGGUGGGCAUGCAAUUGAUUCAAGUCUUGCUGUUUUGAGACUUUAUCAUGAACUUGGAGUACGUUACAUAACACUUACACACACUUGUAAUACUCCAUGGGCUGACGCAUCAACUGUUAAUAAUGCUUCUGUUUACAAUCUUACAUUAUUUGGACAAGAAGUUAUUAAAGAAAUGAAUAGAUUAGGUAUUAUGAUAGAUUUAUCUCAUGUUUCUCAUAACGUUAUGCGAAAUGUUUUAGCAGUAACACAAGCUCCAAUUAUUUUUUCCCACUCAUCAGCAUUUGAAAUAUGUAAUCAUUUUCGUAAUGUACCAGACGAUGUUCUUCAUUUAGUUAAAAAAAACAACGGAGUUGUUAUGGUUAAUUUUUAUAAUUUAUUUGUUAAUUGUAAUCGAUCUAAAGAGACAACAGUUGAUGAUGUCAUAGCACACAUAAAUCAUAUAAGAAACUUGAUUGGAGUUGACCACGUGGGUAUUGGAAGUGAUUUUGACGGAGUUGAUGAGACCCCAAAAGGUUUAGAAGACGUGUCCAAGUAUCCAGAAUUAUUUGACAGACUCUACGAGCCCAAAGAAAACGCGCCAACUUGGACACGGUUAGAUUUAGAAAAACUCGCGGGAAGAAAUUUAAUUCGAGUAUUUGAAGACGUCGAAAAAAUUCGCGAUUCAUUAAAAUCUCAACUACCAAGUGAUAUGAUGAUCGAUAUUCAUGACUUGGAAGUCGCGCAAAAAAAUGAGAGAUUAACUCCAGGAGCUUGUCAAACUGCAAAUGAGUGGAAAAAAAUUUUAUAAAUAUUUUCUAAUAUUUAUAUAUAUUUAUUACGUGUAUUUUAAAAAAAGUUAUCAUUAAAAAAUUAAAAAAAAAUAUUAAAAUUUUUUUUUA